CUAACAAGGUCCCCAGCUGAGGAGGACAGUUUUGGGAAGGUGGAGGCUUCUCUUACUGUUUCCGAAGCAAUAAGUUGUCGUUGGAAAAAAGGUUGGUGCGUCGUCAUGUGGAGGGGGGAGCAUGGCCCACAGGCUUUCCAGGCCCCUGUUGAUGUUCACGCCAGCGCAGAUGGCCAGGUGUAUAUGUUCCGGAGGAGACCCAAUGAGUUUGCUCUGUCCUCGGACGACGAGGAGCUCGGUGUUUUGGAGACGAGGCAGAUGAAUCAAGACAAACUGAGGAAUGUCCAGCUGCUCGAACGUGAGGUUUUAGACGGUGAUAACCUCAACAAGCUUGCGCUACAAUAUGGCUGUAAGGUGGCCGAUCUAAAGCGGAUAAACAAUCUCAUACAGGAACAAGAUCUUUUUGCGCUGAAAUACAUCAAAAUCCCAGUUCAGAAGCACAGCUURUUAAGAGAAACUUUCUCGGACCUGCGCGAUCCUCAAGAGGACAAGCCUCGUUCGCCUCCAUCACCGGUGAGUCCUAACGACCGAGCUCGAGGUCAGCCACAUCUGAAGGAGGUCACGGACUUUCUCAUGGAGGUGGAUAAUGACAUAGAGAAACUGAUUCUGACCACAUCUGAUCACAAUGAGGAUUUCCUGAAGAACUCUGAGAAACCGCACUGGUUCGGUUUCCAUCGACAUCGACCAGGGAGUCACGGAGCAGACUGGGGGAUCCAGUGGUGGAACGCUGUAGUAGCUAUGCUACUGAUAGGGAUCGUCCUGCCCAUAUUUUAUAUCAUUUAUUUCAAAGCUAARGGUAAUGGAGUAGUUUCACCAACAGAUGUUAUUGAAUCGUCAUCUCUCUCCCCUUUAAACACAUCAAGGACAGGAAGCUGAGGUUUAAUGUAAACCGAGCGUUUUUAAGAUCCGGAWCAGAGCAGGUUGUAGGAAAACACUUUUGAGGAUUGUUGCAUUUUUUUUAUUAUUAUUAUUUUAAAAGUAACCAAUCAAGCCUCGUUUCUCAGUACUUUGACUCAGGGCAAGUUGUGUCUAAUCACCAGCAGUGACUUUUAUUCUCAGUUAAAUCGAAGCAGAAGCAUUAAUAUUCUUAAACAAAGGGAAACUUCAUACGUAGCUGCCCCAGUUUGACACACUAGCAGCUCAGAAAUACUCCUUGAAAUGAAAGUAUUUGAUAAACAUUUUCAGGUCAAAGRUGGAUGAUGUCGGGUGCGGUUUUUGUUUUACUCCUUUUUUAAAAGAUUUUAUUUCCGAGAAUAAAUAAAAGUGAGAUGCUUUAUUCUGUUAUCAAAAGCGUACGAGGUAAAACCGUUUAAUUUAUUUGUGUGCAUGUUCUUUAUUUAGAUGAUGCCAAGACGUCUGUGCCAAARUGUUCACUGUAACCAAGUUGUGCAAUAUGUUCUUUUAACGUGUUGAUCGAUCUAUAGGCGAUCCGUUUCAAAAUGUUAUUUAAAUCUUUUUAAUCUCAAGUGCCUAAAACUAUAUGUUUUUUCUUUGGUUGACAUUUUGUUUAGUUUGCACAAUCAAGACAUAAGUCCAGCAUCACCAUGGUGCUGAGUGUCCAUAUUUUUAAGUCUGAAGUAUUUUAGGUACUGAACAAAUUUUUUUGUUGCCUUUUCUAGGAAAUACAUUUGUAGAUGAUGUGUUUUAGUGAAAUACUGACUUGUGUGGAAAAUUAGCAUGUUCUUAAUUAAAUGACUAUAAAUGUGGUU